GCAUCUAAUUAGCAAAAACAAAUCAUCGUCGUUAGAGUUGGCCAACCAAAACCUACCCAUCUGUAUUAUGAAGAUGAUUCUUCGCAUUUAAAUUGCAGACAUCAUUGCUCUACUCCCUCACUCAAACUCCAAUUUCCCAACCAUCUGACCUCAAUUCUUCAUUACAUUCGAUCCUUAAUUGUUGUCGUCAAGGUUUCUUGCAAUGGCUUCCAAGGUGGGUUUAGUCGUGGCUGUUGUCGCCAUGAUGAUGCUGUGGAACGGAGCGACGGCUCAGUCUAACGGCUGCACGAGCGCGCUGGAUGGUUUGACGCCGUGCUUGACUUACGUCACCGGGAAUUCGUCGGCGCCGCCGGCGCCGUCGUCGUCGUGCUGCAGGCAGCUUUCCGGCGUGGUUCAGUCCAAUCCGCAGUGCCUUUGCCUGUUGCUCAACGGCGGAGGUUCGAAUCUCGGCGUGAAUAUUAACCAAAGUCUCGCCCUCGCCUUGCCCGCCGCCUGCCAGGUUCAAACUCCUCCGGUCAGCCAAUGCAAUGCUGCUGUGCCGGCGAGUUCUCCGGUUGGUUCCCUAGCACCGCCGCCGUCGGAGGCGAAGGAAACGCCGCCUCAAGUUCCCAACACGCCGGCAGGGUCUAAAACGGUUCCCUCGACAACAGCCGGCGGCUGAUGGCACGACGGCGAAAACUUCUUUCCGUUUUCUGGGUUUCCUCGUAUUCGCUGCAACAUUAUCUAUGGCUGGUUUGGGAAUCUAAUUUCCGACGGCAUCAUAGGGGCAUACAAUGCAUCAUUUCUACUCGAUCGAGAGGGAGCAGCUUUUGACUUGUACCAUUAUAUUCUUUGGUAGUUUGUGUUUUUGAGUAACUGGUCUGGUGUGAUUAUAUUGAUUGUACUGUAAUGCUUGGUAUUUGCUUCACUAUGAGAGUUUGCAUUAUAUUAUAUUGCUCCAUUUUCUCACUUAA